AUGUCCCCCAGCGACACCGGUAUGGGCGGCGCCAAUCCUACGGAGGGAGCGAUGGCACUGGAAUCCUGCCCCGUCGACAUCAUCUUCCCCAAGAGUAUCCUCGGGACCCCGUCAGUUAUCUCGCCUGGAUCAUAUCCCACAAGCGUCGAGCUUGCUUGGAAUACCACAACGACCGUCACGUCAGGCGGCUCCACCAGCGUCAGCACGGGAACAACCCGAUAUAUCAUGCCCACUUAUAUUCCCCUGUCCCCAGUUACCAUUGGAUCCAUCUACUAUUAUGAUUGGAACAUCACGGAUCCACACGUCACGUCGACGCAUGGACCAUUGAUCCCGAGCAUCAACCUGCCCCCAGUGACGAUCAUCGAUGAUCCCAACCCAUUGAAUGAAUCAGGGGUCACUCACUCACCGCUAGGCACGCGUGUGAUCAACAUCCCCCCUUGGCCCUGGUCAACCGGUGGAUCGGUCUACCCGACUAUCAUAUUCAAGCAAGGCAGUCCGCCUGGUCCGACUUGCACUGCCAACUGCGGGCACAAAUGCUAUGACUUUUGCGACGGGCCCUGUUUAAACGAUUGCGGCAGAGAGAGCUCCUCUAGCUUUAUCGAUCCGUUGGACACCAAUCCGCCAUCGGUCACCAAAUGUACGGGUCCGGGCUGUGUUAAUGGAAAAUGCACCGGGCAAGGACUAUGUAUCGAGCGAGGCUGUACCGGCGUUGAUUGUCACAACCGGGACCAUGGCUGUAUCGGUGAUGACUCCGAUGACUCCACUGAUGAUGAUGACUCCAGUGAUAGUGAUGAUGAUAUAAGCAUCGGUAUAUGCUUUGGUCUGGACUGUCUCUCCUGGGGCUGUCUGGGCUUAGAUUGCUCGUCUUCAUCCCAUACAUGCACCGGUCACUCGUGCCGUGUGGUGACCUGCACUGGCCCUGGUUGCAAAGAUGGGAUCUGCAGCGGACAUGCGUGCCAUUCCGAGGACACUGACUGUGAGUCGGAGGAGGCGGACAGCUGCACCGAGUAUAUCUCCAGCACUCUCAUCAACCCGACCUCCACCUAUUCUACCACCACUGUCACCAGCCAAUGCUCCACCAUCACCGCAUGCUCCGCAAGUCCGACCACAGUCACCAGUACCAUCACCGGGGACAGCUUAGUUGAAGGCACAAUCUCAGCAGUUGAUUCAAUGGUGUCCGAAGAUCCCGCCAUGUGGACCUCUAUCCUUGAUGACCUGGACAGCUUUUACCCAAUGGCCUUUGCCACCAACUACACCACCGAAUCCUUCA